UAAAGGCAAAGGCGGACGAGCGGGCACCACUAACUAACUAGGCAGUGUGUCUAAGAAGUGCAGUGUUAGUUAAGAGAGAGUGGAAGUUGGUUUGUGCUGUAUAUUAUCUUAGAGGAAAGUUUUGUUUCAGUUCAGUUCGGUAACGUAUCGCGUUUUCUUCGCCAAAUCGGCUGCCUUUUGUCGUCUUGUUGGUGUUUGUUUACUAAUAGUGUCGCUCAACCAAUCAGAUUUUGUCGUCGUGGUCACCUGUUAGUUCAUUGUUAUCUGUUAUGUUGUGUAGUGAUGUGGAUGUUUUGUUUACAUAAACAUUCAACUAGGUUAGGACUUUCCUUUACAUCUUAACGUGUGUUUGAUCGAAGAAAUAUUAAAAAUGGGUGUUGGUCUUCCUCCUUUGGAAUUUACCGACUGUUUAACAGACAGUCCCUACUUUCGGGAUAAUCUUCAUGCCCAUGAAAAAGAACUGGAAAAGACAAGUGAACAGAUCAAGCGGUUGGUGAAAGAGGUUAAAGCUCUUCUAAGCGCCGCUAAACAUCUGUCGAGGGCUCAGCGCACGUUGUCCUGUUCCCUACAGAACUUCAGCUUCGACUGUAUCGGCACCUCGCAGACAGACGAUGAGCUCGUCAUAUCCAAGUCUCUGGGAGAGUUCGGCAAGCUCAUCGCGCUUGUGGAAGAUGAGCGAGACAGAAUGCUGGACCGAGCAUACGACCAAGUUAUAUUUCCGCUGGAGAACUUCCGCAAGGAACACAUCGGUGGUGUCAAGGAAGGCAAGAAGAAGUUUGACAAGCAAACGGCCAAGUUCUGUCAGAGUCAGGAGCGUUAUCUGAACCUGUCAACCAAGAAACAGGACACAGUUCUGCAGGAGGCAGAUGCAACCCUGGAGAUGGAACAGAGGCAUUUCUGCCAGGCCAGUCUGGAAUAUGUGUUUCUGCUGCAGGAAGUUCAAGAGCGAAAGAAAUUUGAGUUUGUCGAAACAUUGCUUGGGUUCAUGUUCGGCUGGCUAACGUUCUACCACCAGGGCCACGAAGUUGCAGAAGACUUCAAGCCGUACAUGAAAGAGCUUCAAUUUCGUAUUCAAAAAACUAGAGAGAACUUCAACGCAACUCGAGACAAGACUGAGAGCCUCAUGAAGAAAAUGCUGGAAAUGAGGCAAGCUAAACAAACCGUUGAUGAAGGAGCACCGAACAAAGUUUACUCCAAGGAGGGCUAUCUCUUCCUCAUGGAGAAAAAAAAACUGGGGACCACCACGUGGACCAAACACUACUGUAUGUACCAGAGAGACAAAAAGGAGUUUAUUAUGUAUCCUUACAACCAGAUGACUGGAAAAUUUAAUACACAAGAGAAGAUGAUUCUAGGCUCUUGUGUCCGGAGAAUGUCGGACACCAUUGAGAAAAGGUUUUGCUUCGACCUCACACCUGAAGACAGGCCUGGUGUGGUUUACACUCUACAAGCUCUGUCGGAGGAGGACCGCAAGCAGUGGAUGGAUGUCAUGGAUGGGAAGGAACCAGUAAGUGACUCACCUGACGGGAAUGCGACCUACAGUGUACCUGGGACAGUCAAACAACAGAAGGCUGAGGAGAGGACACUGGACGACAUCGGCUUUGCCUUCGUACAGAAGUGUAUAGAAGUGCUAGAGUCUAGAGGGCUGGACGAGCAAGGGCUGUAUAGGGUGGUGGGGGUGAGAGGCAAGGUCAAUAAGCUGAUAGAGAUGGGACUGGACCGUAGGAAAGCUGACAAACUGAACCUGGACGACCCUUGCGAGUGGGAGAGCAAGACCAUCACUAGCGCUCUCAAGAAAUACCUGUCUAGUCUGCGAGAGCCCCUCAUGACCUUCAGAUACCACAACUCCUUCAUAUCAGCUGCCAAGUUCGAGACAAGAGCCCAGAGAGUCAACAUGGUCCACGCUCUACUGCAUAAGUUGCCUAAUGUCAACUUCCGCAUGUUAAACAUUCUCAUGAAACACUUAGUCAAUGUGACAGCUCACAGUGACAAGAACUUGAUGACAGUCAGCAACCUGUCUGUGUGUUUUGGCCCGACACUGCUGAGGCCGGAGAAGGAAACUGUUGCUGCCAUCAUGGACAUCAAGUUCUGCAACGUCGUCGUUGAGAUACUCAUCGAUAACUACAACAAGAUAUUCAAGACUGCUCCAGAGUUGGUGGACGUAGACUCUAGGGAGAGUUCCCCUCUGGCCUACCCCUCCUCACCCCCCACUCCACCUCUCUCACAAGCUCUGAGAGCCAAGUACACCACCACUGUGCCUCCUGUUAGUCAUGCAGUAAUAAAAGCGUCGUACUAUGACACGCCGACGCUGGCCGUCAGUCUCAGCUCCAGUCAGCCGAGUGUCAGCUCAGCCAGGGACAGAGACAGAGACUACUACGGUGCUCGUCCCUCCCCUCGCCCCUCCCUACCUACCUACGCCAUCCCUGACCAUCUGUCACAUCAUAAACCUUCCCCCACGCCACCUUACUACUAUGCUGGCCUAGUCAACUCAGAUCCAGUGAACAGCACCAGCAGCAGCAAUGAGUCAGUGUCCAGUCUGUCCUCUAGAGAUGUCACCAACCACAACAGUUACUCCUCCAUCACACCACAGAAGAGCAAACGAGGUUUGCCAAUGGGAGGCAGUAAGAUGAGUUUACAUUAUGCUACAAGCUAUCGGCCCCAGGACAAUGUGCCUCCAGGUACCCCCAACUCUCUUAGCAGUGGAAGGUCAAGUCCAGGUUUCUCUCAAGGACCAAGGAGGGUGAGGACGCUGUAUGCUUGUAUGGGUGAAAACGACGGAGAACUAUCUUUUGAACCUAACCAAAUCAUAACUAAUGUGCGGACCUCGCUAGAGCCGGGUUGGCUGGAGGGAACUCUCAACGGCAAGACAGGCUUGGUCCCAGAGAACUACGUAGAACUGCUGCCUUGAUCUGUACCCCUCCCCCCUCACCCUUCCACUCAUCAGUGCCAUCGCCCUCACCAGUACACAUAUUUCUACAUACCUUUAACGUAUAAGAAUAACUUUUAAGAACAGAUUAUAUGGCAUCAAGGCUUGGAAAUGAAAUUUUAUCAAAACGUGAGUAAUUUUAUUCUCGCUUUUUAAGAACGAGAACUUUUAAAAGUUAUAAAUUACAAAAUGUAAAACUAAAACUAACAAAUCCUUGAGGUUGAAUUGUAAUUUUUGAUUGUUAGUGUUUACACAGAAUGACUACUGGUCAUCAAAGUCACUGAUUUUAAGACAUUCUAAAUUGAAAAUGCUGGAUAGGGUCUAAAAAAACUGUCUAUUUUAUUAUAUACUAUUAAUUAAAAGCAAUAUUGGGAAGUGAUAUAGUUUAUUGAAUAAACUAUUUAUUUAGUGAAAACAAGAAUAAAUUAUAAAAGGUUUUGAAAACCUGUAUUAUCAGGUAAUCCGAUUAGUUGCUGAUAAACUCAAAGAGUUUUAAGGAAAUCCUCUAUUGCAACAUAAAACUAGAUUUUACAGAGAAUUCUUCAUAGUGAAGUCACAGAUUUUAUCCAAGUUUUAAAAUAUUUUUAUCUCAAUUUUGCGGGUCGAAUAAAAAAAUGAAUGAAUUACUUGAAGAUAGAUAAAAAAAGUGUUAAUAUGCAUAAAAUGUCCUAAAUAUUCACCCAAAGAGUAAUUAAUGUAUGCUAAAACAGGCUAAAUGAAGUGUGCAGAAAGUUAGUUAUUGAGUCAUCAUAGAUUGACUUAUACUUUUAUCUACUCACACGUAUCAGCAUCUGUUCAAUACAAUUACAACAAACUAGUUAAACCUAUAAAAUUUUUAAUAAAAAUUGCCUACAACUUUUAUAAAGCCUAAAGUUUCUAAGGCCUGAAUAGCCUAAUGUUAUUUUAAGACAAGUUUUACAACCAUAAUAUCCAUAUCUUUAGGGUAUACAGUAUAAUCAAAAUAGUCAAGCAAGCAAGUUCCUGUAUUUUUACCAUUUCUGCCCAUCAAGCACUGAGGAGGUUUUGGACAGUUACGCCUGAGCCGCGCUACAUCCCGAAGACAACUAAAACACCAAUCUCAUAUCAAUGUGUCAAUAUAUGUAAUAUUUGUACUUUGUGAACUGCUGCGCAAUACUAGGGCCUAUAGGCCGUUCACCUUGGCUUUCAUUAUACUUUGUAAGCGUAAUCAUUUAUUUUUCUAACUAAUUUUGAUACUUUGUGUUUUACAAGAUAUUGUAUUCUUUAAUAGUUCCCUCGAUUAAGGUAUGAGGUCACACAAAGGAUCUUAUGACUGAUUGCAAUAAGGGAUUGAUGUCGAGCUUCGAGCUAUUAUAAUAUUUGGGCAAGUGUGUUUAUAAAUCUUCUUAAUGAUAGUGAAAUUUAAAUGUUUUUCAUCUUUUAAUAAGAAAAAACUAGUAUUUGUAAGUUAUGAGGUAAUUAAACAUUUUAUUUAAUGUAAAAUUUUAUUCUGUCCUGAUGAAUACCGGUUUUUUACCGAGUUUCUCACAAUUAAUAAUUGUUAACCAAGAACUUAUUUGUACUAAUUUCAAUUAUAACUUACUGAGUAAUAUUAUGUGAUUGUAAUGUAUUUGAGUUGAGGGUAGAAGAUGAUUUACUUUUGAUGUUUGAUGAUGUAGUUUCUAUCAGAGUGUUUAGCUGGUUUGAGGACCAGAGUUUGAUUUGUAGGGUUUGUACUUCACUUUUUCAGAGUGAGGGUGAUUCAGGGAACUAUUUCUCGUCUGUAUUUCUUCUCCAGUAACAUUUAUCCUCACUGAUUAUUUGGAGAUCUUUUAUUUCUCUAUGGUUUUAUAUUAUUCUUGUUAUAGUUUCUUACCAUAGCUAUCCUUGUUAUUGUUAUGUGUUAUUACACUGUUUUAGCAUUUAGACCAUUGUAAACCUUAUAGCACUUGUUUUAUCGAUUAGUUGCUGUUAACCAAAGACUUAACGUUGUUUCUUUGCUGGUCGAAUGGUUUCCUUUCUUCUAAUCUUGGUGGUUAUAUAUGUCUUUGUCAGCAGUGUAGUGAUGAUUAGGUUUAUCGUAUUUAUUUAAGUACCUGAGUUAGCCUGUAUUGUAUUCCUUUUUAUUGGUUUGGUUGAGAUUACAGAAUUUAAUAAACAAUGUGAAUAUUUGUUUUCAAAAAGAUUUUUAUGAAUAAAAAAAAUAUUAAUUUAGAAUUUAUCUCUUGUAACGUUUUGACAACUAGAUUAUUUUAUUAAAAAAUUGUUGCUUUGAUAGCAAUUAUUGAGCAUCAUAUAUUUUAUAUGAAGAUUUUGAUUUGAAUUGACAAACUGUUAAAUGAUUGCCCCAAACUCAACCAAACUAAACCAGUUAUCUUUAUACAAAUUCUAUAUUAUUCAUUGACUUUCAUUCCAUUUACACAUACAUAGCUAUAACUGUUUAAAUUUUGUUGUAUAGUGUGCAUAAUUUAGUUAUUUGUAUGAUAAAAAACUGUACAUAAUAUUUUAAUUUAAUAUUAAAGUAAGCACAAAGUGCACAUAGUUA